AUGGCCGAGACGGUGGUGAGUCGUCUGAAGGCGGAGCUCAAGCGCUCGCUGCGCAGCCAUGUGGCGCAGGCGGUGAACGACGUGUGCGAGUCCUUCACGGAGGAGCUGAAGCCGCAGGAGCCUGCUCUGUCCGAGAUCCGGCCGCAGGUCGGCGCGUCGGCGUUCGAAACGGACUACGAUUGCUGCCGACGGUUGGUGGAGUACAUUGAGCGCAAUAUGGACACGUCCCCGGGCUUCACGCAGCAGAUGGAGUGCAUCAUCCUGGCUUGCCAGAGCAACGCGCCAGUGAAAGUGCUCAACUCAGUGGUGAAGCAGAAUCUGUGGUUCCGUCGGAAAUGCGUGGGAGACAAGGGUGCAGCUGAGCAGGGUGCGUCGAAGAAGACUGCGGAUGUGCAUUUGAACGGUGGCAACCAAUCUGCUACAAGUCAUGAUGAGGAGAAGAGUGUGGGUGAAGUGGACUCUAAAGGUGGGAAGCCAACGCAUGAAAAGACUACGCCGCCACGAGUGGACACGUCCAGGGCUAAUGAGAGAACGGAUUCGAAGAGCACCGUGGAGAGCUCGGAUGGAGGGGCAGUGUCGCUACCUCGAGAGUGGGGAAAGAGGAAACGUUUGGUGACUAGAAGGCGACCAAAAGCCGCAGUGGCGCCCUCGAAACGAGCCCGACGGGAGCGCCCACCUCUCGGCCAAAGUUCAACGGAAUCGGACACCUCGCAAGAUGAGAGACCUAACAAUCAACCAGCCGCAUCGGUUGCUAGGGAGCACAAUAAGACGAAAGCGGAGCCAAAUGCCUUAAUGAAGUCCAAUACCGACGAGUCCAAUGCUCUCGCUGCGGUAGAUCCAAUUGCUACGCUUUGUACUCUCAAGGCACGGUCGUCUGAGCAAAACAAAGCGUUCAAAACACGCCUUCGUGACACUAUCGAGAUCGUGGAUGCAUUGUUGUGCAAGCCUCCGCCGGGCUACUCCUGUGCUCGAGACUGCAAGUCAAUCAGGGCGCAAAUGUGCGACGAGUUUACGCCGUGCAUUAAUCCGGUUUGUCACGCUUGGCACGACGCAGAAACUCACUCUGAGAGUUGUCCGAAUGAGAAGUGUGAGUUCAAAACCCGGGUCACGCUACGCGAGACGGUGCAUCUCAUCGACCAGAAGCAACAAGAGAUCACUAGCGCCGCUGACGCCUUGAGGCGCGCGAAAGCAGAUCUUCUGUCCCCGACGAGACGUAGUAACCAGGAGAGGGUCAGUGUCGGCAAUGCCGAAACCUUCAAACGGAUCGAGACUUUGGAGCAUGACUUGGAGAACUUGAACGGCGAGCUGCUCAUUCUGCUCGAUACGAAGCUACAGCAAUGGGCCACUUUAAGUAGCAUUGGCAUCGAUACCCAGUCGGACAAACUUGAUGGAGUUCCGGACUUCGCUUCACACUACACUACCAGAAGCCACCAGCGUAAGAAGCCGUGAACUGCACACAUAAUACUUCAUUUUUAUUUCAAUACCAAACAAUAGCCUCCUUUGAUGUUG